CAGCAUUGCACAAACCGCCGCCUAAGAAACCAGGAAUUCAAUGUUAGGAAUAUAAAAUAAAUGAAUACCUACACAGCCCUCCGUGAUGCAAAUGGUUGUACUGGACACCGGUUAUCGCCAAGUCGAGGAUGAUGGGUUCGAAUCUCGGUGGAUUAAAUGUUUGUAUGAUGAGAAACAUUUGUACCUAAAUCAUGGCUAUCUUAUUGUAUCUCGAUCGGUUAUCCUAGUAUAUCAUAACACAAAUCUUACAGCGCUUACUUUGGGGGUCGGCUAAUAGGUGUGUCUGUUAGAAUUAUUAAAAAUUAUUUAAAAUUAUAUCAUUAUAUUUAAAUUCUUGGAUGAUGUUCUGAAACUGUUGUUAGAUCUUUGAUCUUUGGAAAAAAUAAAAGACUUUUGCCCAAGUGGUCACUCUCUAAUAGCAAGCACAGGCAUUGUUUUUUAUUGGAGAUCAAAGAGAAUGUAUAUUACUACCUACAUAAACUUUAAACGUUGUCAUAAUCAGUGGUCAUAAUACUCUCUUAUUAUGAUUGUUAAAAAAAAUAUCAUUGUAACUUGUAUGGCUCAUGUGAUUUUGGUCGGAUUUUGGUUAUUGUAUUGAACAGCUAUUGGUUUAGCCAGAAGGAUUAACGGGAAUAGUACUUACCUACAUAAUACAAUGGCAGCAACGAAAACAAAACAUAGGGUUAGCCUUAGUAUAGAUAGACGCAGUACUCUUUCAGAUCAAAGAAAAGUGUCAAAUAAUUCAUUUUCCUCAAAAGGAAAAUCUUUUUCUGAUAAACCGACUCCUACAGAUUUUGAUUUAUUUCUACCAUGGAUUUGUAAGGAAAUGCAAGUGCCAAACUCAGUUAUUGUGUUAACAAUGGCUCAAGAAAAAUAUCCCAAAGCAUCAUGUGGCUCAGCUUCAAGCAAAUCUAAAUCAUCCAUAAAAACCAACAGAACCUUUAAAUUGAAACACGAUGACUUCAGCUCAAACAAAAAGUUAUCCGUCACUACUGCUACUAGUGGUGUUAAAAAUGUUAAUUAUGUACCUAUAACUGCAUACUACGAUACUUCAGGUCGUUUAGUGGAAAUCGCUAUCAUAGGAUGCACAGUUGAUAUACCAAAACAAGUGAUACAAGCCAUCAGUUUCUGUUUUCCAUUCCAUUCCUUAUUUGCAAAACUGGAGAUUCGCAAAGGAGGCUUACAUUCCGCUUUGCUCAAUGAAAUUGGUAAAAUGCUUCCCUAUUCAAACUUGGUGGAUGUCUGCCUUGACGAUACCCGUGUCCCGCAAGGCAACUACUACGUUCUCCUUGACAAGGCUUCUCAUUUGAAGCAUCUGUCCGUGAGUAAGUGUAACAUUACCGAUGAAAUUUGCAAAAAAAUCUUCUCGAGACUAAAAUUCGGUUGUCCAGCAGAAAAAUCAGUAAUGAUACUAAAUUUAAGCAUGAAUAGGAUAACUGACGAUGGAGCGAAUUUUAUAGGUGACGUACUAAGAGGAAAUCGUAAUAUGUUACAUCUUAAUUUGGCUGGAAAUAACAUAACUGAUCUUGGUUUGGGUAACAUUUUAAGGUCUCUGUUGGAGUUUCCUCUCACAUACGAUGAAAUUAUAGAAAGUAAGACGAGAUAUCUAAAAUAUUGUAAGAACAGAUUAUAUGUUUACAACAAAUGUUUAGAAGAAGUUACUGAAAUGACAAGAACAGAAGAAUUGUUGACAAAACAUGAUGGUUCUCCUAGUAAACACACUAAAUUUAGAGACAGAAAGAAGGAAGAACGUCGGAAGACUAUAGUGGAAACGGAAUCCGUAGUUUCCAAGGCUGAAAAAUUAACUAAUAAAAUGCUAGGAGAAUUUUAUGAUCCUUUCUGUGCCAAUAACGUAAUCAAAAGGAAUAAUUACUUGUACUCGAUAGGUAACCUCAAACUAUGCUCGUUGAAUUUGUCUUAUAACAAGUUGGAAUUCAUUUCGUUAGUAAAAAUUCUGAAAGUGCUCUGCUAUCAAAAUUCUUUGACUAUGAAACCGCCAAAUACUGGUUUGAUGCAUAUUGUUUUAGAAGGAAACCUUCUGCCUCAGUCUUGUCGAGAACUAGACAGUAUAAAAAUGUUUCUAUCGAAUGUUGUUAAGGCUCGUGCACCAGUUCAUUUACGUUCUCCAACAAUGAAAAAAAGAACUUCUAACUGAAGAAGAUAGAUACUCAAUUUGUACUAUCUCAAAUUUAAAAAAAAUGUUUGCAUUUUCUCCUAAUAAUAAAGUGAUACGUUUGUUUGAAUAUCGAUGUGGUGAUGAUGCUUACUUUUCAAGAACAAAUAUUCUCUUUAGGACUUAUUCUUAAUCAUCCUAGUUCAGUAGGACCACGGGUACUGUAGUGGUAUAUACUGAGCCCACCAGUAGGACAAGCAGGUGUGACCACGAACCCUUGAUCCAUAAUGCGCUUUGUGACUGAAUCGUUUAACGGCAUAAUUAUUACAAUGGUAAUUUUUUCUUUGUUUUCUGAUAUUAGUUUUUCUUUGUUGUUGAAAUGUGUUGAGGUCAAAAAGCUUGACAAAAUUUUACUAUUAGUCUUUCGGUGACUGUCACAAUCACAACGGGUUUGGAUUAAUCUGCAGCGCGUGCUCUGGGGUACCUGAACCUCGUAUGUAAGUGGGCGAGUGUAGAAAUCUAAAAAAGAUUCCUAGUUGGUAGAAGAGUGCUAUCGAAUAUCUAAGAUCAUUUACUAUUUUUAAGUUACAAUUAAUAAAACCGCUCGUAAGGACUAGAUUAUACUUUCUAUUAUUUCAUAAGAUAGUAUGCAUGGUUACUUUUAUAGAUCCAAAACAACAGUUUUACAAAACACUGUUUAUUAAUAAGAAGGAAUGUUUGAAUUUAAGUUGUAGUUUUAACUUUAUUUAAAAUUAAAGUUGGUAGUCUGUGUGCAUAAGUACUUAUUCAUAGUUACAUGUUUUGAUU